AUGGGGCGAGAGCAGGAGCUGAUCCAGGCCGUGAAGAACGGGGACAUCCCUGGCGUGCAGAAACUGGUGGCGAAGAUCAAGGCGUCCAAGACCAAGCUCCUGGGAUCUGCCAAGCGCCUGAACGUGAACUACCAGGAUGCGGACGGGUUCUCGGCGCUGCACCACGCAGCCCUGGGUGGCAGCCUGGACCUCAUCUCGCUGCUCCUGGAAGCACAGGCCACCGUCGACAUCAAGGACAGCAACGGGAUGCGCCCUCUGCACUAUGCAGCCUGGCAGGGACGCGUGGAGCCUGUGCGGGUGUUGCUGCGCGCUGCCGCCUCCGUCAACAUGGCCUCGCUGGACGGGCAGAUCCCGCUGCACCUCUCGGCGCAGUACGGCCACUACGAGGUGUCGGAGAUGCUGCUCCAGCACCAGUCCAACCCCUGCCUCAUCAACAAGGCAAAGAAAACCCCCCUGGACCUGGCCUGUGAGUUCGGGCGGCUGAAGGUGGCCCAGCUGCUGCUGAACAGCCAUCUGUGCGUCGCCCUCCUGGAGGGACAGUCCAAGGAUGCCACCGACCCCAACUACACCACCCCCCUGCACCUGGCAGCCAAGAACGGGCACAAGGAGAUCAUCAGGCAGCUGCUGAAGGCCGGGAUCGAGAUCAACAAGCAGACAAAGACGGGCACAGCCCUGCAUGAGGCUGCGCUCUACGGCAAAACAGAGGUGGUGCGGUUGCUGCUGGAGGGCGGCGUUGAUGUGAACAUCAGGAACACCUACAACCAGACAGCACUGGACAUCGUGAACCAGUUCACCACCUCGCACGCCAGCAAAGACAUCAAGCAGCUGCUGAGAGAGGCAUCAGGAAUCCUGAAGGUCCGAGCUUUGAAGGAUUUUUGGAACCUUCAUGACCCAACUGCUCUCAACGUCCGGGCAGGAGAUGUCAUCACGGUCCUGGAGCAGCAUCCAGAUGGGCGGUGGAAGGGGCACAUCCACGACACUCAGAAAGGCACCGAUCGGGUCGGGUACUUCCCCCCCUCCAUCGCUGAAGUCAUCAGUAAGCGAACAGCAGCAGGAGACAGGAACAGCGUGGGCAGCGAGGCACUCCGCAGUGCCGGCAGCGGCCAGAGCACUGAGGGCGCCAACGGGCAGAGCACCAGCAUCCUCAUCGAGAACGCCAGGCCACUGCCCUCCGCUGGUGACGACCUCCAGCAACACCUUUUGGGAUCGGAGCCACGCAAUGGGCAGUUGACCUCCCCGGCAGGGCCCCAGAGCCACCAGACCCCAGGCAGCUGCCCCCCUGGGGACAGGGUCUUCUCCCAUCAGUUCUUGCGCCCCGAGCAGCUCCUCGAGGGGAAGGAUGCAGAAGCCAUUUACAACUGGCUGAGUGAGUUCCAGCUGGAGUCGUACACCGCCAACUUUCUCAACGCUGGCUACGAUGUCCCCACCAUCAGCCGCAUGACCCCGGAGGAUCUGACAGCCAUCGGCGUGACCAAGCCUGGCCACAGGAAAAAGAUCUCCACUGAGAUCGGGCAGCUCAGCAUCGCCGAGUGGCUGCCCAACUACAUCCCGGCUGACUUGAUGGACUGGCUCAGUGCCAUCGGGUUGCCUCAGUACCACAAAAAGCUGGUCAACAAUGGCUAUGACUCCAUCACCAUCGUGACGGACCUGACGUGGGAGGAUCUGCAAGAGAUCGGCAUCAACAAGCUGGGUCACCAGAAGAAGAUCAUGUUGGCCGUCAAGAAGCUCAGAGACCUCCGCAAAAGCCUCAAUCAAGCAGAAGCAACGCUGGCAAGACGCAAAGUCCCUGGUGCCCUGGACAUUGUCACCAUCGAGUCGCUGGAGAACGGGGAGUGCCAGUCCCCGCACACCCCUAAAAUGACGACCUUCCAGGACAGUGAGCUCAGCUACGAGCUCCAGACAGCCAUGUCCAACAGCUGCCACGAGACGCUUGGCAUCAAGAGCAGCCAGGGGAUGUCACGGAGCCAGGAGAGCAUCGGGGUGCGGUCCCGGGGCUCAGGGCACUCGCAGGACAACGUGCUGUCCCGGCCCAAUGGCGGCGGGGGCAGCCCGCUCAAGGAGAGGAACCUGCCCGAAGGCACGGAUCAGUACGCCCGGCCGGUGGCUCAGAAAGGCACCGGGACACCAGCGGUCACCCCCUGUACUCCUCCCCAGACCCCCAGCCAGGAGACAGCACCGUACGUCUUCAUGUACCCCCACGUCUCGUUGAAAUCCCCGACGGUCCCUGCCCUGCUGGGAGCGGAGCAGCCCAAGACCCUGGUGCACCCGUACCCCUCCAUCUCCUCCGGGCAGAAGAGCAGCCUGCAGUCGUCGGCCCAAAAAGCCUUCUCCUACCUGCACAGCCAUCUCUCCAGCGCAGAUGUGGACGAUGAGUCCUACGAUGGUGGUGACACCAGCAGCACCACACUUCCCGACGCCGGCAGGGACCCCUUUGAGAGCAGCAAGCCACGGAGACGGACAUUCAGCGAGCCCAGUGCUCCCAUGACGGAGGUGGCUGCACAGGACGGGCGGGAGGACGCCUGCUCGGACACGGAGGAGGAGGCCAAGCCAGGGGUCUCCUCCUCAUCCUCCCAGAACAGCUCCAGCGAGUGCAUCCCCUUUGCAGAAGAAGGCAACUUAACCAUCAAACAGCGGCCAAAGCCCACCGGGCACCCCAAGGCCGACGUGGCCAUGCUGGACACAGAGCCCGCUUCCCAGCCGGCAGAGCCCCCCUGCUCUGCUGGGAAGGAGCCGGCAGCGCCCGCUGCCACCAAGGAGCCCCCCAUGCUGGAGUUCAACCUCACCGAGUCGGACACGGUGAAGCGCCGGCCCCGCUUCAGGGCGCGGGAGCCGCUGCAGGCGGCGCUGAAGGCGUUCAGCAUGGCGGGGCAGGCUGAGGCGGGGGCCAGCCCUGCGCCCCAGUAUGCCCAGGCCCAAGCUGUGAGCAUCGCUGGCCCCGCUGUGUCAGCACCGGCACCACGGGCCGGGCUGGCUGGGGAUGCCUUUGAUGACGACAGCGUGGAGUUUCGGAUUGCUGAGAUAGAGAAAAGCAGCUUUUCACUGGAGAAGGGGAUCAAGAAGGCACCGAGCCCCACCAAAGCCCCCAGUCCCACGGAGCUGCUCGGCACCGCCGUGGUGAGGACACCCGCUCCAGACGUGCCUGCCAAGCACACCUCUGUAGCGUCCACCAAGCUAGUUUUCUCCGGGCCCAAGACCAUCUACCAGCAGGUCCUGCAGCCCUCCCGCCACACCGUUGCUCCCUGGGCAGCCACCGAGGCUGUGCCAGAUGUGAGCGGCCACCCCGGGGCUGUGCACUCAGCCAAGAACAUCCUGGAAGACAUCAGCAACAUGUUCGACGACCUGGCCGACCAGCUGGACGCGAUGCUGGACUGA